AUGACCAUCCAAUAUGCUCUGAAAGUCAGAGAUCCUGUGAAGCCCUUUCAGGAUGGCAAUGGCCCCUUUUCGACGCAGAAAACCGGUCUCGACGGGUGGCGGUUGACGGUGGAGGAAGGGUUGGCCCGGUUGAAGUGGAAGUAUCUGAGAUCUGAUCAAGAAAGGGCUGAAUACCCUCAAGACCCGGCCUCCAAGUUCUAUCUUGGCUUGCCAACAUUGGCUGCAGAGCGCACACCCGCAGAGAAACCCUCGGAUGCCAUUCUCGGCGGAGCCCUCUACCAUAGUCAGGUCCAAGUGAAAGAGCUCGGCUGCUGGGCUGCCGACUUAAGCUGCAUUUUCUUUGUCACCCCGAUGCUGAUAAUUGCAUGGUACAUUACGCAAGCAACCAUCGACGAAGCAUGCGCAAUCGAGCUCGUGGACUUGAUACUAAAUGCCCAGAAUCCAGACGGCGGAUGGCCGACUUACUGCGGCGAAGACACCACGCUCAUGGGGACUGUUCUUGUCUACGUGGCUCUGCGCUUGAUAGGACUACCACCAAACGAAAAGGCCCUGGCUAAGGCGAGGGCCUGUCUGCGGGACAUGGGCGGGGCAGUACAUCUCCCGUCUUGGGCUAAAUUCUGGCUUGCACUUUUGGGUCUGUAUAAGUGGGAGGGCACGGAUCCAUACCCCGUGGAGAUGUGGCUUCUGCCGGAGUGGAUGCCCAUCUCACCUUGGAAAUGGUAUAUUAUCCCAAGGCAAGUCUACCUGGCCAUGAGCUAUUUGUCUACAAAGCAAUUCGCCAUCCCAUCGAAUCCACUGCUAGACCAGAUCCGCGGAGAGAUCUUCGUCCAGCCUUACGAGCAGGUGAACUUUGUGGCCUAUCGAGAAGCCACGCUGCAGCGGUCCCGGGAGCUGCGCAAGCCCUGGCCGCUGAUCCUGCUCAAUUGGCUUCUACAAAACAUCUGGAUUCCCUGGUUUCGGUCAGAGUCUCUUCUCAAACGAGGGCUGGAGCGAGUUUGGAGCAUUAUUGAAGAGUCGGAGAAAGCAAACAACUCCGUUGCUAGCGUCAGUGUAGACUGCUUCCUCAACAUGAUCGCCUUCUACUCCAAAGAGGGCCCGGACUCUGAGGGCCUCCGCCGCGUCCAAAAUGCCAGCCAUGAGUAUCUCUGGAUGAGCCCGCGCGGGAUGCAGGUGAUGAGCAUCCACGGCGGACACACUUGGGAGACAGCCUUCGCGAUGCAGGCCUACGCCGAAGCCAAUCUCGCCAACUCCCCAGAGCUGCAACCAGCUCUGCACGCCGCAUACAAGUUCCUCGUUGAGCAGCAGCACACCACCGACUUUGCCAAAGACUCGCCCUGCCACUUCUCUUCCCGGCUGGGAGGCUGGCCCUUUUCGAUCCAUUACCACGGCCUCGCGUGCUCCGACUGCACCGCCGAAGCCCUUAAGGCAAUUCUCCUGGUUGAAAGAGACAGCACGUUCCCUCGCCUCAGCAGCGAACACCACCUCCAGCUAGGCGUAGACAAUCUGAUCAUGAUUCAGAACCCCAGCGGCGGGUACAGCAGCUUCGAGCCCAUCCGGGGCAGUCCCCUACUAGAAUACGUGAAUGGCACCGAGAUAUUUGGCAAGGUGAUGGUUGAAUACGACUAUACGGAAUGCACCUCUUCGUGCAUUAUGGCACUGGUGCUCUAUCGCCAACGGAACCCCCACUAUCGGCGCAAAGAUGUGACUCGGACGAUCAACCGCGGCGUGGCAUACAUCCUGAGCCAGCAGCGUUCAGAUGGUAGCUGGAUGGCCUCGUGGGGAAUUGCCUGUACUUACGGGGCGUUCUUUGCCCUGGAAGCCCUGGCAUGCGUCGGACUAACUUAUGAUAGCAACAGCGCCGUUCAACGCGGUUGCGAUUUUCUCGUCAAGCAGCAGCAGGCUGAUGGGGGGUGGGGAGAGACAAUGCAGUCAAUUAUCGAAGACAAAUACGUCCAGGCGGACGCCUCACAUACAGUGCAGACUGCAUGGGCUUGUCUCGCCCUGAUGCACGCCGGAUUCCCCGACGCAGCGCCGAUCCGCGAGGGAAUCAGGCUGAUGAUAAGUCGGCAACGAGCGAACGGCGAGUGGCCGCAGGAAAAGGCUGUUGGGUGUGGGAUUGUUACUUGCAUCACACUUAGCUCAAAUGUAAUCGUUUGCCUACUACCGGAUUCAUGCCAGCCAACCAGCCAGCCUCCGCACCGCGCAAUCCCACCUCCCCAAUACAAGUCUCUCCUACACCUUCUAAACGAAGCCAGCCUUCUGCUCUGCGUCCGACAUCACUUCAUGGCUGCCGAUGCCGAUGCCGAGCCCCGCACCCCGCUCUCCCUCGCCAUCACCUCCAACCCCGGCAUAAAGCACUGGGCCCUCUUCAUCGACGCCCCGAACGAAGCCGCCAAAACAACCAUGCAGAUCCUCGGUGCACGCGGCCGCUACUUCCCCUCUCUCCAGACCCCGUCAGAUCCAAGGAAGCUAACCUCCCUCAUUGAGCUCUGUCCGCUGUGCAUGAUCGCCGCGGACAAGAUUGAGGCCGUCAAGGAGAUCGCGUACGCGACACGCAUCCGCAAUGAGGAGGCUGAUUAUAGCUGCCAGGACUAUGUAUUGGAUGUCUUGAGUAACCUGGAAAGGGAGGGCGUUGUUGAUGGGAAGGACGAGGGGUAUGUGGUGAAUAAGGAGGUGGUUGUCGCGAAGCGCGAAUCGUGGGAGUAG